UGAGAAAUGUUUACACAGAAAGUUCAAGGACGAAUUCAAUGCAACAAUAAUAUGUGGCCUUUUAGGCCGUCUGAUCCCUUUGGACUCUUGGCCCUGUAAUCUUAUGUGUACGAUGGCUUUCUAUCAGCUGCCGUUAACGGUCCUCGUUAUCAUUUUACUUGUGAUACCACCGGCAGAUGGAGAGAUACAUAGAACGACGUUAAAAACAGGAGUACCCAAUCGUUUCUCUCAAGACGUGGCAAGUGAAACUCGAUCCGUAAUGUCGGAUCCAGAGGCUGAGAGAACGUUUUAUGAAGUGUUUUGUUAUUCUUUAGGAGGCGCUGUGCUUGUAGGCCUCAGUGGUAUAUUCCCUCUCCUCGUUAUCCCUAUAGAGGCUGGUCCUGCACUUAAACACGGCGCUGCAGCCAACAGACUGAAGUUAUUGUUGAGUUUUGCGGUGGGAGGACUCCUUGGAGAUGUGUUUUUGCACCUGCUUCCCGAGGCUUGGGCCAGUCUUAACAAAGAUGGGAAUCAUGAUCACCAAGGACAUAUGAAGAUUGGUUUAUGGGUACUAGCUGGAAUCCUCUCAUUUCUAAUCAUUGAAAAAGUAUUCGCAAAAGAAGGAGAAUUUGAUCAUAUGCAUGAUGAUUGUGACUCAAGUGAUGAAGACGAAGACUGCCGAAAUAAGCAGAUUUCAGAUUCAGCAAAAAUAAAUGGUUGUGAUUUAAGAAAAAGGACUAGUUUAUCUGAUAAUCAUGGAAAAAAUUACAAAAAGCAAACUCGUGCAUUAAAAUCACCACAGAAAGCUGAACCUGCAGCAUCCAAACAGAGCGCAGAUGCAGAUACAGACAAGGAAUCAAAUAUCAAGGUCAGCGGUUACCUGAACUUAUUAGCCAAUGUCAUAGACAACUUUACCCAUGGGCUAGCGGUAGGAGGGAGCUUUCUAGUCAGUAAUAAGGUUGGCUAUGUAACCACACUGGCCAUUCUGUUACAUGAAAUUCCUCACGAAGUUGGAGAUUUCGCCAUUCUGCUACGAUCAGGUUUCAACAGGUGGAAAGCUGCUAAAGCACAGAUGAUGACAGCAACUGGAGGAAUCUUAGGUGUGAUUACAGCAUUAACCGCUGAGUCAGCAGAAUCUGCUGGGGAAAGUACAGCCUGGAUUCUUCCAUUUACCUCUGGGGGAUUUAUCUACAUCGCCUUAGUAACCGUUGUCCCAGAUCUCUUGGAUGAAAAACAUGCAAUGGAGUCUUUGAAGCAAAUUCUUUGUCUUUGUGCUGGAAUUCUAGCCAUGCUGUUCGUUAGCUUCAUCCAUUGACCUUUCCGUACUACAAAGAGCUCAGGCACUGCUGUGAAACUUUAAAAUCAUAUCUAUAGCUUGUUUAUCUUUCUGCUUCAUUUAGAGAAGAGAUGAAUAUAUUUUUGAAAAACAUUGUGAUGCUCGAGUAAUGUACUUUAAGUGUGGGAAUUUUUUUCCUUCAGAUGUUUUCUAACAGUAUAAUGUUGUUAUACAAGUAUAAUGUCUAUGAGGCAGAGCUUUUGUUAUUUGAGCUAAACAGAUUUCAUGUACCAAGGUAUUUGAGCCUGGAAAAUCCAUAUUACAUGUAAGGUAUUUUUGUCACAUCUUUUAUCAUAUCUUUGUACGUUUUGCAAUGUACAUAUUGUUUAUUUUAAACUCAAUUUUCUGCCAAACUUCAUGUGAUAUUACUAACAAAAUUUGCAUGUGUAUAUUUAUUGUUCUGUAUUAAUGGAUAUACAGUGUAUCUACAUGUAUAUAAACAUGACAUUGCAGAAUCUUUGUUCAAGCAGUAGUCUGCCCUUUUUAAAACCAUGAAAAACUUCCCGUUUAUUUGCAUAGCUUUUUCACAUGCUAAUAUUUAACAGUUGUACUCCUUUAGAUUUAAUUGAAAAUGUAGAGCGUGGAGUCAUUUGAUAAAUGUUUUAUAGGAAAACUUACAUCGAUGUCCAUCUUCUCUGUACCUUUGUGCUUUUUUUUUUUUUGUACAUAUAAACAGUAAUUGAUUAAAUGAGGCAUUAUCUGCGAAGAGCAUGUCACCUACAAAUUAUAAAGCAGAACAAUAUUUCUUAUUUGAAAUGUUCUGCAUAAAUAGAAGAAUACAGGUUUUAUUUUUUUAUUUUUCAUUACUGACAAGAAAGGGUGUUGGAUGAACAGUUAGGUUAUUGGGAUAUAACUUGCAUAUUUUCCUUUGAUAAAGACAAAGGGAAAUGCAUGGAUAUGAUUUUGAUUGUAAAUUGAGGUGCAAUAUAUUUUACAUGUAUUAAGUUUUUAUGUGUUCAUAAAAAAUAUAUAUAUUUUAAAGCGGUAUAUAUUUCAGUAUUGCUAUCAUGCAGUGUUUUGGGAUCAUUAUGAUAUACGUGAAAUUUUAUUUUUUGCUUUAUUAAGAGAAAAUUUAUUUCUUCAGUUGUUGAGAAUAAGAAUGCAACACAAUAGUAAUAACGGUAUUUUAUUCGUGCUGCACGUCUUUCCUUAAUUGAAUCAAUAAUUUUUUUUUAUUUUCUAAACCCAACUUUAUGACUUAUUUUUGCACACUCAUUUGUGCAUUUCAAAAAUGGUCAGGAAAGUUAUAAAAGUUAAACUAUCAUCAAAAAUAUAGAUAUUUGGUAGUUAUAAGCCCCUGAAGGUUUCUAUAAAAUUGAUCUAUUUAUCCCCCGAUUUUUUGACAAAAUAAUGAAGCCUUAUUUUGAAUUUCUAAAAGCACCAUAAUCAGUAUGUGAUAUUCAUUUAUAAGCAUUUUAAAAGUGUCAUGAAUACGUUUUUCUUUGAUCUUCUUAAUUGUUUAUCUAAAUUAAAUGUCAGACAAACGAGUAGACUGGAACAAAUGCUCCAAUGAGCAUUUUAGGUUUUUUACUAAGCGAUGUGAAGUUUGUUUGCAAUUUCAAACUAAUUGAUACCAUUGAGCCAGUAUAGUAGGUCAACCAAAAUAAAUUCUAUGUUGUAUGUUAACCGUGUGGAGUUUGUUUGAAAGUUAGCAAAAAUAAAUGAAAUCAAGAAUACUGAAUUGUGAAGCAGAAGUUAAAUAUUAAUUUUUCACAAUUUUGAAAAGAGACAUCAAUGUGGCCUUCUGAUAUAGAUCAUAAGACGUAACCUGUACAAAUGUACAAUUUAUUUUUCCAUGCAGGUUAAAAUCAACAAAGCAACUUUAAAUCUUUUGUUAUUUUAUAGUUGAUACAUACUAUAUAGAUAUUUGAUCGAAGUAUUUAGAAAUUUGAUUUUUUACUCCCUCUCACAUAGAUUUAGAAAAAUCUACCUCGCAUGAAACAUACAAUUUAUUUUGGUUCACCUCGGUGAAUAUAGUGUAGGACAAAAAACAUUUGGCUUUUGAAAAUUUUGAGAGAUAUUUAUUUUUAAUCAAGAUGCUCUUUACAUUUGCAUUUGUACCUAUAAAACUUGUCUCAUAGAAUGUACAAUGUACAUGUAUAUAUUUUUUAAAAAGAGUUUACAACUGUGAAAUCCAUUUUCUACAUGCUAAAAGAAAUGCUACUUUUCACAUUAGAAAUUGCCCUACAAAUAACUGAUGAAAGGAUUUUCAACAAAUGGGGGAAAAAAUGAUUUAGUGAUUGCCCUACAACUUUAUCACAGAUAUUUGAUAGAAUUUGAACUAUUUUGAAAAACAGCAUUUUCAGUUUGUGAAAAGUCUCAUUACCUUUAGCUGUGCUUGAGGUAUUAUGAAGUGAAUGUGAUGAAAUAUUUAAAGUAUGACUUUAGGUGGAAAACUACAAUUUGAUGGGUUUUGCUAUUCAUAUUUUUCUGGUUGAGCCACAUGUUUUUGUUACUAUUGAAACUAAUAAAAUAGUAAAACAUCA